CAUACACACCCGACAUCACCCACAAUCUCACACUCUCACGCUCUCUCAACUCAGUGUCAGUACAGAAUGAUUCAUAAGGAGUCUCGGUCUUCAGACCAGCUUACAGCAGCUUCACGCAGAGGGGCGAUGAUGUCAAAAGUGGCAAUAGCUUUAUCCGCUUUCUUUCUGCUGGCCAGUAUAGCGGUCAUCAUUAGUAUAGCAGUUGUACAAACUCAUAAGAAGACUCACCUCUCCCCUGGACUGAAGUAUGGUAUUGUAUUGGAUGCAGGCUCCUCCAGGACUACGAUAUAUCUCUAUGAGUGGCCCGCUGAGAAAGAAAACAACACUGGAGUUGUGAGAGAGACAAUGAAGUGUCAGGUUGAAGGCCCUGGGAUUUCAGAUCUACGUUUAGACACUGCUAAGGACAAGACGACGUGGGACAGUUUUAAUCUUUGCAUGACGGAGAUAACCAAGGCCAUUCCAGCCAAACAGUACAGUCAGACGCCUGUGUUCCUCGGAGCAACAGCAGGAAUGAGACUUCUUCAACAAAAAAAUCCAGAAAGGUCCAACACUAUCCUGAGAAGCAUGCAAAACUACCUCAUGGGUUAUCCUUUCAACUUCCGUAAUGCUUCCAUCAUGUCCGGGCUGGAAGAAGGUCUUUACGGAUGGAUCACUGUCAACUACCUGAUGGGUAAUUUUCUCGAGAAAACUCUAUGGGAUGCCUGGGUACAUCCUCAUGGAGCUAAGACCGUUGGCUCAUUGGAUUUGGGUGGAGCCUCCACCCAGAUUGCCUUUGCCGUCCCUGAUGAUGCUGAAGGAGAAGACAUUAUCAAGGUUUCACUCUAUGGCUAUGACUACAACAUCUACACACACAGUUUUCUCUGCUAUGGGAGAAAUGAAGCUGAAAAGAGAGUGUUGGCCAAACUUUCAAAGGAAUCAAGUAACUGGUCUAAUGUGAAGAAUCCGUGUUAUCCUGCUGGCUACAACAUCACAAUUACUGCAGAAGAGAUUUUUGGCAGCGAGUGUACAAAGAACCAAACUACUUCGAAGUACACCCCCACACGAAAAAUCACUUUCUAUGGACAGAGUAACGCAGAACAGUGCAAAGUCCUUGUCAGGAGCAUCUUUAACCUGACGUCCUGCCAGGAAGGUGAAAACUGCUCUUUUGAUGGAGUUUCUCAACCACAACUUAGUGGAGACUUCAUGGCCUAUGCAGGGUUCUACUGGGCUGCCUUCUCGCUUAAUGUGACGGGUUCAAAGAGUAUGGAGUCAUUUAAUGUAAACAGGAUGGAGCUCUGCUCAAACAAUUGGAAAACUCUAAAAGAAAAGCAUCGGGGCAAGGACAUCCAUGUGAAGUCCUAUUGCUUCUCAGCAAACUAUGUGCACACUAUCCUGGAUGACGGAUACAAGUUCAACACUGACAACUGGAAAAGUCUCAAUUUUCAGAAAGAGGUGAACAAGACCAGUAUAGCCUGGUCCCUGGGCUACAUGCUCAAACUUUCCAACAUGAUUCCAGCAGAAGGGAAAAUCCUCAAGCUGCCCAUAGACAAUGUUCUCUUCACUGGACUGCUUCUCACGUUCUCGGCUCUGACCAUUAUCACCCUCAUGUACCUUCUCAUCGCACUGGCACGCUACUGUUACUGAAGUUUGUGACCUGACCUCUGCUUCUUCUUUACUGAGUUCUCAUCUGAUGGACUUGUGUCCUGCAUAGGCAGGUUUUGUAAGUCAGGUGAGAUCCUGAUGUGUUGUUGCAGAUGAACCUGCUAGAGAUGGAUCUUUAAUUUUGGAGCCUGGAGGCACUGUUUUGAAGGUCCAGCAGUGCCGAGGUUUAAAAAAAUACCUGAAUGUUAUUCAGUGUGAUGGCUAUUUAAAGAGAUGUGUGUUAUUUGUAAUAAAUGUAAAAAGAAUCUGAACUUUAAGAGGGAGUGUAGAGGUAUCCAAGCCGUUGCAGUGAAUUUAAAUGAAAACUACAGAGUAAACUGUUUUAUCUUAGAAAAAAACUAGAAUGGUCGUGACGUUGUUUGUGUAUUGUAAUGUUUGUCUCACUGCACUGCAUCAUUGCCUUCAUAUCUAAUACAAAUUGUAUUUCUGCAUGUG